AUGGCGGUCUCGUUCCCGCGACCCGGGAGCCGGCUCUUCCGAACGUACGGGACUGUAGGUGGCUGGGGACCGCGGCGGCGGCCGGGGCGGGCUGCCACGCAAUGGUUCCCGCCGCCAGAUCGGAAGCGUUUCUUUAGCAGCAGCAGUAGCAGCAGCGACGCCAACAACAGCGGUCCCUUGCAGUCCGUCGCUUCCGACGACCCCGACGACCCCGACUUCCGCUGCAGCCCGGUCCGUCAAACGCGGAAGCGCCCUGGCGGUCGCAUCCCCAACGACCGGCCGAGCCUGGUCGUGACCCCCAGACGCCUGAGGCUGCGAGCUCGGCCGCCACAGAAGUGCAGUACCCCGUGUGGCCUGUACGGCCCGCCGCCCUUCUCCGACAACCACCCGGGCCGUCUCAGCCCGGAGCUCAGUGUGUGCAGCCAGCCCAACGACUGCGACGAGCUGGGCACCAGCGCCUCCCUGUUCAGCUCUCCGGCCUCUCCCAGCAGCCCUGCAGCUGGGGUCCCAGCGCUAGCGGUCAGUGUCACCUAUGCCCGCCCCAGCUCCGCCCUGCAGACAGCCUCUCCAGUCCCCAGAGACUCCCGCUGCCCCGCAGCCUCCCCGGACCUGGCAUCUCCCCCCUGCACCCGGAAGGCCGCUGCGGCCCGAGGCAAGUUCACCAGGGCUCGCCAUCAAACCCGUGCCACCGUCAGGUCAGCUCUCUGGAGCUCUGUGGACUCGGUGAACGCUGAGAAGCCUGAGUGUGGGACAGAUGGGAAGAAGAUGAGGGGGUCCCGCUGUGAAGCUGAACUGGUGGGAAACAGGACGGAGGGCCUGGGCUGGUUAAGAACUGGUAAGAACAGAGCCACAGCCCAGCACUCUUGCCAAAAGGCUGGGUCUCAAAAGACUGUCCAGAUAGAUUAUGAGGAGAGCCGGGGUUACAAGGGCCGAAUUGCAGCUGCGGGAACCAAACAGCCUGAAAGAACUGGGCCAAGCCAAAAGAGAAAACAUCAGGAGGUAGCAGAAAUCUCUCUCCUCCACGACCACAGGCUUAAAAAGGGCCAAAAGAUGAAAACUGACUCCUGCCUCACCCAGAACUGGACUCACUCACAGCAUGCCUGCCCUUGGACUAAAACCAGGGCCUCCCUCUCUUUCCACAAGAAGAAGAUCGUGACUGCUGCGUCAGAGGUGUGUAGCAACUCCAUCAUUACCAGUUCUCCCUCGGAAUCCCUUUUAUCAGAGUACUCAAACUCUUCUAUCAUGAACAAAACAAACAGUGCCCUGAGCCCUUGGCUUUCCUCGUCCAUGUAUUUGCUAAGCCCUUUACAGAUGUUAGGGAGUGCAAAUAAAAAGGCAUGUGAUGCUGAGAAGGUUUAUGGGGAAUGCAAUCAGGAAGGACCCCUGCCCUUUAGCUGCUGCCUUUCCACCGAAAAACUGGAACACUGUGAGAAGAUUGGGGAAGGGGUGUUUGGGGAGGUGUUUCAGACAUUUGCUAAUCACACACCCAUAGCCCUAAAAAUCAUUGCUAUCGAAGGGCAGGAUUUAGUCAACGGAUCCCAUCAGAAAACCUUCGAGGAAAUACUGCCAGAGAUUAUCAUCUCCAAAGAGUUGAGUCUCUUGUCUGAUGAAGAACGCAACCGCACAGAAGGCUUUAUUGGACUGAACUCAGUGCACUGUGUCCAAGGAUCUUAUCCUCCAUUGCUCCUCAGAGCCUGGGACCACUAUCACUCAACCAAAGGGUCUGCUAAUGACCGGCCAGACUUUUUUAAUGAACAACAGCUCUUCAUUGUACUGGAAUUUGAGUUUGGAGGCACUGACUUGGAGCGAAUGAGAAGGCAGCUGACUUCCAUGGCUGCUGCGAAGAGCAUUUUGCACCAGAUCACCGCGUCACUCGCCGUGGCAGAGUCCUCCCUGCACUUUGAGCACCGGGACUUACAUUGGGGGAAUGUGCUCUUAAAGAAAACCAGCCACAAAGAGCUCCACUACACCCUCAAUGGGAAGACGAACACUAUCCGCACCCAUGGGCUGCAAGUCAACAUCAUUGACUACACCCUGUCACGCUUGGAGCGGGACGGAAUAGUGGUUUUCUGCGACAUUUCCAUGGAUGAGGACCUCUUUACAGGUGAGGGUGACUACCAGUUUGAGAUCUAUAGACUGAUGAGGAAGGAAAACAAUAACUGCUGGGGCGAGUACCACCCUUAUAAUAAUGUGCUCUGGCUCCAUUACCUCACAGAUAAGAUUCUGAAACAAGUGACCUUCAAGAGUAAAAAUAACACCUCUGCCUUGAAGCAACUGAAGCGAGAGAUCCAACAUUUUCACAAGACAAUGCUGAACUUCAGCUCCGCCACAGAGCUGCUCUGCCAGCACAGUCUAUUUAAGUAA